AUGUCCAAGAACACCAAGUACCUGUUCCUCUCGCUCCCCACCUCCAUCACACCGUCACACCACCGCGAUGACGCCCUCGACGCUAUCACGGCCACUGUCUCGCCGGAAAAUGGCACAGUCUCGUCCUUUCCGAUCCCAGAAUUCAAGAUCGGGACGCUAGACGCUCUGGUGCAGCAGGCGGAGGAGUUGGGGAAACUCGAGUCCAUGUGCCAGAGUGUCGUCGGGAAAGUGGGCGAUGCGCUGAAGGGAAUCCUGGAGGGUGAUGAAGCACAGAUUGAGAAGAUGAAGACGGUCAAUGACAAACCCGUCGACCAGUAUUUGCGGACAUUCUCCUGGAACAAAGUCAAAUACCGUGCAGACAAACCGAUCGGGGAACUGAUAGAUCUUCUACAGAAGGAAGCCGCUAGCAUUGACAAUGAUGUCCGGAGCAAGUACUCCCAAUACAACCAGGUGAAGAACACGCUAGCAACAUUACAGCGAAAGCAGACGGGAAACCUCGCUACGAAAUCUCUUGCAUCCGUUGUCAAUCCCAACCAGCUCGUUCAAGAUUCAGAGUACCUUGAAACUCAUCUGGUCGCGGUUCCCUCACAACAGACCAAGGAUUUCCUGAAAUCCUACGAAACGAUAUCACCUAUGGUUGUCCCUCGCUCUGCCACGCUGGUCGCUUCGGAUGAUGAAUUCACCCUGUACGCCGUGACGACAUUCAAGAAACACAGCCAAGAGUUUAUUAUCAAGGCCAGAGAAAACAAAUGGGUACCGCGCGACUUCAAGUAUGUGGAAGGCGGUCGGGAACAAGAGGCCAAGGAAGUGGAACGGGUUGGUAGUGAUGAACGGAGGCUGUGGGGUGAAACGCUACGACUGGGCAGAACGGGCUGGAGCGAAGCCGUCAUGAUCUGGAUCCAUGUGCUUGUGCUGAGAGUUUUCGUCGAAACCGUACUCAGAUACGGGUUACCUCUGGACUUUGUCGCUGCAAUCGUUCGGACAACACCAAAACAGGCUGCAAGGGCCAAACGGAAUCUCGACCAGAAAUACUCCUAUCUCGCCGGGAACGCAUUCGGACGCGACAAGAAGGGUCGCGUCAAGAAGGAUGAUCCUAGCGACGUGCAUGUGGCGGGUGAAGCUGGCGGUGCAGAGUACACCGCUUUUGUGUAUUACGAGCUCGAGUUUGACUGA